UUGGAGCUUGAUUGGGCGUCUGUUGAUUUUACGUGGCAAAGAAGAAGGCAGCCACCCCGCUUGUCUCUCCGUAAUUACAUCCCCGCGAAGAGAGAUUCAGAAAAGCGGGAGGCUGAGCUCGGAAACUCCAGGGCUUGAAGGUGUGAUCCCCCAAAAGUUUAGUCGGCGAAUGGGAGACGGAAGGGGGACGGGCAGGGGGCAGGCGCGCCCGGGGUGCUCGCAUGGGGCGCGCGGCGGUCGCAUCUUGAAAGCGCUGCUCGUCGGAUUGUCUGCCCCGGUGACCUCCCGGACCGGCCCCGGCGGAAUCCGGACUUGCCCCGCCGGGAUGACGAGGACUAAUCCUGCUGCGGGGCUGACUUCAAGGACGUGACUUGUUGGCCUCAUCCCAAUAUCAGAACCUCAGCUGUUAUUCUGUCUUUGGCACCCUUCUAGGAAACUUGACUUUAGAUGGCAACAAGAUGGAAUCUUAGAGGUCUGAUGGAAAUUCACUGUGAUAUUCACAUUAAGAGAGCUUGCUGAAACUCACCGAGCCUCUUCUCCAUGGGCCCUGAUGGUAGCCUCAAGACGGUGGAGCCUCAGGUGGUCUUUUUUCUUCCGUGGCAAGAAUAAGCAUUGGGUCUCGACCUGCCACCCCGCCCGUGGAGAAAAUGGUAUGCGAGGGAAAGCGAUCGGCCUCUUGCCCUUGUUUCUUCCUCCUGACUGCCAAGUUCUACUGGAUCCUCACCAUGAUGCAAAGAACUCACAGCCAGGAGUAUGCCCAUUCCAUCCGACUGGAUGGGGACAUCAUUCUGGGGGGUCUCUUUCCUGUCCAUGCCAAGGGAGAGCGAGGGGUGCCUUGUGGGGAACUGAAGAAGGAAAAGGGGAUCCACAGACUGGAGGCCAUGCUUUAUGCCAUCGACCAGAUUAAUAAGGACCCUGAUCUCCUCUCCAACAUCACUCUGGGUGUCCGGAUUCUUGACACGUGCUCCAGGGACACUUACGCUUUGGAGCAGUCGCUCACUUUCGUGCAGGCUUUAAUUGAGAAAGAUGCUUCUGACGUGAAGUGUGCGAAUGGAGAUCCACCCAUUUUCACCAAGCCCGACAAGAUUUCUGGCGUCAUAGGUGCUGCAGCCAGCUCCGUGUCCAUCAUGGUUGCUAACAUUUUAAGACUUUUCAAGAUACCUCAAAUCAGCUAUGCAUCCACAGCCCCAGAGCUUAGUGAUAACACCAGGUAUGACUUCUUCUCUCGGGUGGUUCCACCUGACUCCUACCAAGCUCAAGCCAUGGUGGACAUUGUGACCGAAUUGGGAUGGAAUUAUGUGUCAACACUGGCAUCCGAAGGCAACUACGGAGAGAGUGGUGUGGAGGCCUUCACUCAGAUCUCGAGGGAGAUUGGUGGCGUUUGCAUUGCUCAGUCUCAGAAAAUCCCACGUGAACCGAGACCUGGAGAAUUUGAAAAAAUUAUUAAACGCCUACUAGAAACACCUAAUGCUCGAGCAGUGAUUAUGUUUGCCAACGAAGAUGACAUCAGGAGGAUAUUGGAGGCAGCAAAAAAAUUAAACCAAAGUGGCCAUUUUCUCUGGAUUGGCUCUGAUAGUUGGGGAUCCAAAAUAGCACCUGUUUAUCAACAGGAGGAGAUUGCAGAAGGGGCUGUGACAAUUUUGCCCAAAAGAGCAUCAAUUGACGGGUUUGAUCGAUACUUUAGAAGCCGAACUCUUGCCAAUAAUCGAAGAAAUGUCUGGUUUGCAGAAUUUUGGGAAGAAAAUUUUGGAUGCAAGUUAGGAUCACAUGGAAAAAGAAAUAGUCACAUAAAGAAGUGUACAGGCUUGGAGCGAAUUGCUCGGGAUUCAUCUUAUGAACAGGAAGGAAAGGUCCAGUUUGUAAUAGAUGCAGUGUACUCCAUGGCUUAUGCUCUCCACAAUAUGCACAGAGAUCUUUGUCCUGGAUACAUUGGGCUUUGCCCACGAAUGAGUACCAUUGAUGGAAAAGAGCUACUUGGUUAUAUCCGAGCUGUAAAUUUUAAUGGCAGUGCUGGGACACCUGUGACUUUUAAUGAAAAUGGAGAUGCUCCUGGACGUUACGAUAUCUUCCAGUAUCAAAUAACCAACAAAAGUACAGAGUACAAAGUCAUCGGGCACUGGACCAACCAGCUGCAUCUAAAAGUGGAAGACAUGCAGUGGGCUAAUAGAGAACACACACACCCGGCAUCUGUCUGCAGCCUGCCUUGUAAACCUGGGGAGAGGAAGAAAACGGUGAAGGGAGUCCCUUGCUGCUGGCACUGUGAGCGCUGUGAAGGUUACAACUACCAGGUGGACGAGCUUUCCUGUGAGCUCUGCCCUUUGGAUCAGAGGCCAAACAUCAACCGCACCGGCUGCCAACUUAUCCCCAUCAUCAAACUGGAGUGGCACUCGCCCUGGGCUGUGGUGCCUGUGUUCAUUGCAAUAUUGGGAAUCAUAGCCACCACGUUUGUGAUCAUGACCUUUGUCCGCUACAAUGACACCCCCAUCGUGAGGGCAUCCGGACGUGAACUUAGUUACGUGCUCCUCACGGGGAUCUUUCUCUGUUACUCAAUCACCUUUUUAAUGAUCGCAGCACCGGAUACCAUCAUAUGCUCCUUCCGACGAAUCUUCCUGGGACUUGGCAUGUGUUUCAGCUACGCAGCCCUUCUCACCAAAACAAACCGAAUCCACCGAAUAUUUGAGCAGGGAAAGAAAUCGGUCACAGCCCCCAAGUUUAUUAGCCCGGCAUCCCAGCUGGUGAUAACCUUCAGCCUCAUUUCCGUCCAGCUCCUGGGUGUGUGUGUCUGGUUUGUGGUGGAUCCUCCCCACAUCAUCAUUGACUAUGGAGAGCAGCGUACCCUAGACCCAGAGAAAGCCAGGGGGGUGCUCAAGUGUGACAUUUCUGAUCUCUCCCUCAUCUGUUCACUGGGGUACAGUAUUCUCUUGAUGGUCACUUGUACUGUUUAUGCCAUUAAAACAAGAGGUGUCCCAGAGACUUUCAAUGAAGCCAAGCCUAUUGGAUUUACCAUGUACACCACCUGCAUCAUUUGGUUAGCUUUCAUUCCCAUCUUUUUUGGUACAGCCCAGUCUGCAGAAAAGAUGUACAUCCAGACCACAACGCUUACUGUCUCCAUGAGUUUAAGUGCUUCAGUAUCUCUCGGCAUGCUCUAUAUGCCCAAGGUUUAUAUUAUAAUUUUUCAUCCGGAGCAAAAUGUUCAAAAACGCAAGAGGAGUUUCAAGGCUGUGGUGACAGCAGCCACCAUGCAAAGUAAACUCAUCCAAAAGGGAAACGACAGACCAAAUGGCGAGGUGAAAAGUGAACUCUGUGAGAGUCUUGAAACCAACAGUAAGUCAUCAGUAGACUUUCCGAUGGUCAAGAGCGGGAGCACGUCAUAAUAGAUCCUCCUCUACCAAGACAACAUAUAUCAGCUACAGCAAUCAUUCAAUCUGAAACAGGGAAAUGAUACAAAAUGAAGAUAUCUGGUGUGUGAUCUUAAACAAUGAACACGACACCUUCAAAACUCACUCCUGAAAAGCUCGGUAGACUACAAUCAAUCAAAUCAAUAGUCAAACUUGUAAGGAACAAAAGUUAGCCAUGAGCCAAAAAUAUCAAUAACAGAGUGAAGAAAACCUUUUAUACACUACAACCAUUAAGUGUCAAGCUAAAGUAUUGCUUACUUAUGAGCAGUUUAAAAUAAAAAAAAAAACACAAAAGGAAAACUAAUGUUAGCUUGUAAAAAACAAAAUGCUGUUGAAAUAAAACCAUGUCUGAUGUUAUUCUUGUAAGUAUUUUUCUGUGAUUGUGAGAACUCCCAUUCCUGUCCCACAUUGUUCAACUUGUAUAAGACUAUGAGUCUCUUUCUUGUAAUGGCUGACCGGAUUGAAGCCCUGGGUUGUGCUAAAAAUAAAUGCAAUGGUUGACGCAUGCAAUUUUUUAUACAAAUAAUUUAUUUCUAAUAAUAAAGGAAUGUUUUGCAAAUGUUGAGAGUUGUUUCGUUCCAGUUUUCAAGCCAGGGAAAUCUUUCUAAUAGGCACUUCUGCUGUUUCUAGACUCCCACUGUAAAAGCACUAGUAUUCCAAGAAAUACAAUUUCCUCCAGGAAUGUGUUUUUGUACAUCAUGUGUUUAUGAAGAAGAUUGUCUUUUAUUCCUAUAUGAGAAGACAUUACUUGUGUAAGAUUUUGUGAAUUCAAAGUUGAUGCAGUAACUUUUCAUUGCAAUUGCUUCUUUUUUGAAGAAUCAAGCAAAUGGCUUGACAUAAAUUGCUGCAAGUAGUAUCAUAUUAACAUCUGACAAGUUACUGAAAUUCUGGUCACUGAAAGUCUUUAUUUUCUAAGUCAAAACUUUUGCAUCAUAAAACAGCCCAAGGUAUAUACUAAAUACCUUUUCUCACCUAGGCCUCAUUGCCACUGAAAUCAGUGAAGUAAUGGGCCUUACCCAGUAGUUCCUCAAAGAGGAGAUUAGCAUAUUUAUUCCCUCCAGCAUUACUAAAGAAAGCACAGUUCAGAUAACAUGUCAAUGCUUUCUUAUUUUCCAAGUGAAAACAUUCAUUGGUUCAUAGAACAGUAUCAUUAAAGUGAAAGAGAGAGGGGGGAAAAAAAAGGGAGCUUGUGUCAUGCUAAUAAACCACACUAGGCUGGAUAAAGGAGCCCAUUAAAGGCUUUCAAAUCCGUUACCAUUUUGUCAUGGGUUCCUCUGUUCUAAACAAUCCCAGACAUCUAUCAAGUCAAUGGGUCUCUACAACUAUUUUGUUAGUAAAUGUUCUCUCUGCUGAGUUAGCUCGGAUGGCUCAUUGCACUGCUUAUAGAUAUAAAGAGCUAUCUGGGCUCUGUAAUUUUCAUCCAAGUAUUGACAAGUCACUUUAUUUAGUAGAGAGAGUUGAAGUAGCAUAAUGUAGUCUCCUCCAACAUAUAAUUUCCUAGAUAUCUACAUUGGAAGGAAACUGCAUAUAAAAGAAAACAUGUAUUUAUCCUCCUUUUGUUGGGGUUCUCCUAAUAAUGUGAAUUAUUUGAGAUAAUAUUUCAAUGAAGGAAUAUGGACAUUGUUCUUAAGUUUUCAUAUAAUUUGAAUCACUGAUAUAUACAAUCCUGUAAUAGGAUCUCAAACCAAUAGGUGUGCCUUUCUAGAUAAACCUAGUUUAUUUUAAAACAAAAUAAACCCAUCGAUGCUUCCUUCUUUGCUACAUUUUACUAAGUCAUGUAGCUCAUAUCAAUAGCCAUGCCAAGAAAAGUAAUUAUAAUUCUAUUUUUAUUUGUAAGUUGACAGUUUCUUUGUAUUGGGGAUUAUUAGUAC